CCCGGUCCAGCCUGAUGACCCGGUCCAGCCUGAUGACCCGGUCCAGCCUGAUGACCCGGUCCAGCCUGUUGAUCUGCCUGAUGACUCGGUGCCCGCUGUCGUGCCAGAUGACUCAGUGCCCGCUGUCGUGCCAGAUGACUUGGUGCCCGCUGUGGAGCUUGGUGACUCGGUGCCCGCUGUCGAGCUUUAUGACUCGGUGCCCGCUGUCGAGCCUGGUGACUCGGUGCCCGCUGUCAUGCCAGUUGACUCAGUGCCCGCUGUCAAGCCUGGUGACUUGGUGCCCGCUGUCGAGCCUGGUGACCGGUGCCCGCUGUCAAACCUGGCGACUUGGUGCCAGCUGUCAUGCCAGUUGACUCAGUGCCAGGUAACUUGGUGCCCGCUGUCUUGCCAGAUGACUCGGUGAUCGCUGCUCCGCCUGAUG